AUGACCUCCUUUUUACCCAUCCUCUCGGAGAUUCUUCCGAUGAUAAUGCCUGCAUCUGCCAACAUAACCAAAGCUAAACAGCUCGAACCGACGCACCCAACUGUCGAGGGUCCCGUUAUCGAACGUCCCGCCGUUGUGGGCAAGUGUGACAAUAUGUGUGUCUCUGUCAUCACAACCCGACCACACUGCAAGUCUACGAUUAGACACAACAGUGAGCAAGAUACCAUAAUCUACGCCGUCUCUGGCAACGGUACUCUCAUUGUCAGCGAGGCCGUCAAUUCAGAACUCAAGCAUCACGAACUGGCUCCUGGAGACUUUGCCUUUGUGCCUGCAUGGAUCGAACAUCAAAUUAAAAAUGACUCCGACGAGGACUUUCAGUUGCUCAUGAUUCAGAACGGACCAGCUCCUAUCAAAGCAGACUUAACUGAAUGGGGUGGCGAUGUCAUCAAAACAAAGAAUUAA